CCCCCGCGCACAUGGGGCAUGGAGCAGAAGGCGGCGGCAGGGGCGGCCGUCCGGAGGCUGGAGAUGCUGGUGGACGAAGACGACGUCCUGCCCGGAGCCCUCCGGCUCAUCCGGGAGCUCAGACCGCACUGGCCGCCCCAGCGAAUCAAGACCAAGCACUUCACCGACGGCAUCACUAACAAGCUGGUGGGCUGCUACGUGGACGAGGACAUGAUGGACACCGUGCUGGUCCGCAUCUACGGCGAGAGGACGGAGCUGCUGGUGGACCGGGAGAACGAGGUCCGCAACUUCCAGCUGCUCUGGGCCCACGGCUGCGCCCCCAAACUCUACUGCACCUUCCAGAACGGGCUCUGCUACGAGUUCCUCAAGGGGACGGCCCUGGGGCCCGAGCACAUCCGCGAACCCGGCAUCUUCAGGUUAAUCGCUCGGGAGAUGGCAAAAAUCCACACGAUCCACGCGAACGGCAGCUUGCCCAAGCCCAAUCUCUGGCACAAGAUGCACAGUUAUUUCAGCCUGGUGAAGGAUGAGAUCAGCUCCAGACUUUCCCAGGGAAUGCCCAGCGUGGAGGUACUGGAGCAGGAGAUGGCCUGGUUGAAAGAGCACCUGUCUCAGCUGGAUUCUCCCAUAGUACUUUGUCACAAUGACCUGCUCUGCAAGAACAUCAUCUACAACGAAACAGAAGGUCACGUGCGCUUCAUAGACUACGAGUACGCCGGCUACAAUUAUCAGGCCUUCGACAUCGGCAACCACUUCAACGAGUUCGCAGGAGUGAACGAGGUGGACUAUAGCCUGUACCCCAGACGGGAGACCCAGAUGCUGUGGCUGCAACACUACCUUCAGGCGCACAAGCAGCUGAGCAAGGACCAUCCGGGAGGGUCGGCGGUGACACCCAGGGAGGUGGAGAGACUCUACGUGCAAGUCAACCACUUCGCCUUAGCCUCCCACUUUUUCUGGGCGUUUUGGGCUCUCAUCCAGAAUCGAUACUCUACCAUAGACUUCGACUUCCUCAGAUACGCGCUGAUCAGAUUCGACCAGUACUUCAAGGCGAAGCCCCUGGUCACUGCCCUGGAAAUGCCAAAGUGACCCUUGGCCACCGCCCAGGGACCUCGGCCCCUCCCCACCUCCGGAGGCCAUCCGCUCCGGCCGGCCCGGACCGAGGGAUGAGGAGACCGGGGAGGGUGGUGGUGGUGGGAGUGGGAACUGGGUGGGAGGGAGAUGCCAAAUCCCGGGGCCCCCCGAUUAAAACCACAGCCCUCGCUCCCCACUCUGGUCUCAGACUCACGGGGAUCAACCGGGUCGUGGCAGCGGGCGAGAGAAGGCUGGGUACAGAGAUGGAGUCGGGGGAUGGGGGAGAGGCAGUGGUGUUGCCAUGGCAACAUCACGGGACGAGGCACCUUCCCCUGCACCGUCUCCACCUCCUCGACUCUGCCCUGGACCACUAUCGCACCUGGCGGACUCCAGGCACCUCCCGGACCUCUUUCGGCUCUUGGGGGCAGGGGGCCGGGCACCGCCCCUUCUCCCCCCACUGCCCAAGCCACCUCUGCGAAGGGGCCGUGCCGCGGGAGGCUCCUCGGAUGACCCCGGGUAGCCGGCUGUCCAGCUCCUACACGGCCCCCGGGGGACGCCUCGUGCGUCCCGCUGGGGUCCCUGCCUCUCCCCACCGGAGCCAGUCCCCCUGCCUCAACCCCCGACCCAUCCCCUCUUCCCCACCCACUCUCCCGCCUCCCACCCGGGAUUAAAUCUCUGCAUACAGACAGGGUCCCCGCAGUUUCUUGCCCUCCUGGCAGGUGGCUACUGAGAGCCCCGGGGGGCCGGGGCUGGGUGGGGGAAGGGGCUCUCCGUUCAGUUUGGAAGCCAGGAGGCUUAGGGCAUUCCCCACCCUCGCCAGUGGAGGAGAACCCCAGUUGCAUCCUUCCACUGCGUCCCGCCCUUCCUCCCGGGAUGCCGUGAGCUCCCUCUCCCCCCAAGUCUCCUACCUCACCUCGCAAAGCUCUUGCACUGGAAUUAGCCGUGGCCAGGGACCAGGGGAGGGGGGCCGCCCAGAGGAGAGGGGGGUCACCGGGGAGCCGGACCUCAGCAGAGCUAGGUCCUGGAGGGAGGGGAAGCUGCCUUAAAUCACUGAGUUUCUUUACCGGGUCCCUAACCCUUGGGGACUGCAGACAGCACUUGCUUCUCAGCCCCUCCUGGGCCUUGGGGUCUCCCUCCCUCCCAAGCACAGAAAUUGUGAGAUUCGUUUGUAAAUGAUCCGGUUUGUUCUUCAUUAAAAUGGCCGUUUCGGGCCCAUGCUGGUAGCCUCUGACA